AUCUUUCGCACUGUCAUGUUCUCGACAUCACCCGACCCUUAGGUCGAUGGGCAGUCCGACUCAAAAACCGGACAUGCGCACAUCCGGACCACCGCAGCACUGAGCGGGCGCCUAAUUGCAGCCUUCUCCGCCAUCCUGACUUGGACAUGCAGCGACUCCCGCUUUCCGCCUUUCGUCUACUCAGACGCAGCGUCCUCUCACAUCGCACUGCUAUCGGCUUUGGUUUUGGCGCCUCCGUCGCUGUCUCUGGUACCCUCCUCGGCUUACACACCCUCCACAAUGAUGCGCCGCCCGACGCGCUCAAGGACGUCCUCCCACCCUUUUUGGACCGCAAGUUCGUGAGCCCGCGGCCGGACGUGGAUGUCGACGCGUGGUUGAGGCAGAACGAGAGGAGCGUUGUGGUUAGGGAUCCUGCGACUGGGAUUACGCGGUAUGAUACGGUGCAGCUGGAGAGCAACUAUCCGUCUGAGGACGACCGCGCAGAGAAGAUUGUGCGUUCGGCCCAGAGCGGGUCGUUUGACUCCUACCGGUGGUCUUUCUUCGGCCUAUACGACGGACAUGCCGGCUGGGAGACCUCCCAGUGGCUCAGUAAAGCUCUCAUUCCUGCCGUUGUCACCGCCCUCAAGGCCCUCUACACCUCUACGCCGUCCCAAACUCCCACUCCUGAAGCCAUCGACAAGACCAUCACAGACACCUUCCUCGCGCUGGACGACUCCAUCGUCAACGCCCCGCUGAAAGACGUCUUCGCCUCCUCCUCGCGUACACGCGCCGUGCACUUCCUCGACAAAGCCAACGCCGGCUCAUGUGCCAUCCUUGCAUUCUACGACUCCGCCUCCUCCGCGCUGCGCAUCGCACUCACGGGCGACUCGCGCGCCGUCCUCGGGCGCCCCGUCACGCUUCCAGACGGCAGCACGACGUACGAGGUACACGUGCUCUCCACGGACCAGAACGGGCUCAACCCGCUCGAAGUCGAGCGCCUCGCGCGCGAGCACCCGGGCGAGGAGAACCUCACGAAAGGAUCGAGGGUGAUGGGCUGGGGCCUGUCCCGCGCGUUCGGCGACGCGCGCAUGAAGUGGGCGCUGGACGUGCAGAGUAGGCUCAAGGAGGGGUAUCUCGGGCGGACGCCGAUGGGCAUCGUGAAGACGCCGCCAUAUUUCACUGCCGAGCCGGUGAUCACCACCACGCGAGUGCAGCCUGGCGAUUUUCUGAUUCUCGCGAGCGAUGGGCUGUGGGAGAGUCUGACGAACGAGGAGGCUGUGGGGCUCGUGGGUGCGUGGGCGGACAAGCAGGCUAAGAGGCCAAAAGCGCUGGAUGGAGACAAUAUUAUGCCUGCGGAUCUGCCGGUCAAGCUUGGCGAGAAGGACGACACGGACAGGUACAAGCAGUGGAAUAUACCGAAGCGGUUCGCAAACGUCGAUGAGAACGUGGCGACUCAUAUCGCGCGGAACGCGCUCGGUGGUGCGGACAGCGAUAAUAUUGGGGCCCUGAGCAAGAUCAAGUCGCCGAGGGCGCGGAGCUUCAGGGACGAUAUCACGGUGUCGGUUGUGUUCUUCAGCGAGCCGGAGGCAAAGCGGGUUAGCAAGCUGUAAGAGCGUCCAUCCCCGACGGAUCGAGGCGAGGCGCGGCUCUACUUGGGACACGAGAAAGUGUGCAGCACCAUCGCGCAACCUCAAGCUGUCUCAGCGUUAUGGCGAUGUGCUGCCCGCUGGCCGGCAUAUCCUAUCAGUGCCUGCAAACAGGCCGCAGUCCACUAGCAUAUGCGAGUACAUAGGCGUCCAUCGUAUGCGAUAGUCUCG